AUGAUGAGGCACUAUUCCUCCCCCACUGACACCAACGAUGGGGCACUAUUCCUCCCCCACUGACACCAACGAUGGGGCACUAUUCCUCCUCCCCAAUGACACCAAUGAUGGGGCACUAUUCCUCCCCCUGACACCAACGAUGGCGCACUAUUCCCCCCCCCCCACUGACACCAAUGAUAGGGCACUAUUCCUCUCCCCCACUAACACCAAUGAUGAGGCACUAUUCCUCCCCCACUGACACCAACGAUGGGGCACUAUUCCUCCCCCACUGACACCAACGAUGGGGCACUAUUCCUCC